CAGCUCAUCAGACAGAAGAGCUGCGACCGCAUGGCACGUCGGAUCAAAGAAAAACUCAAACAAAAAACAACGUAAACUGAGGAUUCCGCGCUGACUCCGCACCUGUGAAAGCUCAACGUUAAAGCUCCUCCUGUCCUCCUCUGAGCUGCAGUUGGACAGUGAUGGUGUCUGGUCUCUGAGCCUGUUCUCUUCUGUCCUCAGGUGAGACAUGGAUUCUUCUGAGGACACGUUCCUGUGCUCCAUCUGUCUGGACAUGUUCUCUGAGCCAGUGUCCACUCCCUGUGGACACAACUUCUGCCAACGCUGCAUCUCUCAGACCUGGGACACUGAUGGGCCCUGCACAUGUCCUCUGUGUAAAGAGAUGUUCCACAGCAGACCACAGCUCAGGGUCAACACGCUCCUGAAGGAGCUGGUCUCAGAGUCCAAACUGGAGAAGAAGAGGAAGAGAUCUGCAGAGGUGCAGUGUGACUUCUGCUCUGAGCCCAAACUGAAGGCCUCCAAGUCCUGCCUGGUGUGUCUGUCCUCCUUCUGUGAGAAGCACCUCCAGCCUCAUCUCACAGUCUCUGGGCUGAAAGGACACCAGCUGAUGGAGCCUGUGGAAGACCUGGAGGACAGGAUGUGUCCCACACACCGGCGCCCCCUGGAGCUCUUCUGUGGCACUGACCAGAGCUGCGUCUGUGCCGUGUGUGUCCUAGAGCACAAGAACCAUGAGUUGUUGUCUCUGGAGGAGGCGUGUGAGCGCAGGAGGUCCUCUCUGCUGCAGACUCAGGCUCAGAGCCAGCACAUGGUGGAGCAGAGGAGGCAGAAGAUCCAGGAGAUCCAGAGGCUCCUGGAGCUGAGUGAGACAGAGACAGACAGAGAGAGGGCUGCGGGGCUGCAGGUCUUCACUGCUCUCAUGCAGUCUGUUCAGAGGCGUCUGGACCUCUUCUUAGAGGAGCUCCAGGAGAAGGAGAGCAGAAACCACAGACGAGCCCAGGAUCUGCUGCAGCGGCUCGAGCAGGAGAUCUGUGAUCUGGAGAAGAGCAGCGCUGAAUGUCUCUCACGCUCUCAUGACCCCCUUCAGUUUCUACAGCGCUGCCCUAAUAUCAUGCCCCCUGCUGGGCUGAAGGAGUGGAGCAGCGUGAGAUUUGAAGCAGAGACGUGUGAGGGCAGUGCAGCCCGCGCUCUGUCUGAGCUCCACAAGAGUCUCUCUGAGGAGUUUAAAGUUCAGUUCGAGGUGGAGCUCUGGAGAGUGCAGCAGAGUGCAGUGGAGGUGACUUUGGAUCUAGACACGGCUCAACCGUGGCUCCGUCUGUCUGCAGAUCUCAAACAGGUUUGUCACACUGAUGUGGGGAUGCAGCUCCCACACUCUCCUCUGAGGUUUGACUCUUGUCCUUGUGUUUUGGGGAAACAGAGUUUCUCUUCAGGCAGGUUUUACUUUGAGGUUCAGGUCAAAGGGAAAAUUGAGUGGGAUUUAGGAGUGGCCCAAGAGUCCAUCAGAAGGAAGGGAAUGAUCAGUGCAAGUCCCAAACAUGGACAGUGGAGCAUCUGCUUAAGAAACAAAGAUCAGUACGGCGCCUGUACUGACCCGUGGAGCCGUCUGUCUCCUCAGAGAGCUCCUCAGAAGGUGGGCGUGUUUGUGGACUUUGGACAGGGUCUGGUCUCCUUUUAUGACUCAGAUUCUGCAGAUCUCCUCUACUCCUUCACAAACUGCUGCUUCAGGGAGAAGCUGCUGCCGCUCCUCAGUCCUUCCCUCAACUACAGAGGCACAAACUCAGCUCCUCUGAUCAUCACAAAGGUUCAGACUGACUAGAGACAUCUUCAUUUAUGUUCAGACUCUCACUUUGAUCACUGUGACCCCUGAGAUUUAUCACAGACAUUUUAAAUAAGUAAAAAGAACAUUCAGUUGUACUUGUUAUUAAAGAAGACGUGUUUUUUCUGGUAUUUUGUAAUUAACUCACAAAAGCAAGCAUCAUAUUUCUUCUCAACAUCUAAUCCUCAAAGUGCAUCAAUAAAAGUGUAUUUGGACUGAAA